AAAAACAUGGAACCAGGCAAUGGUACACAAAUUUCAGAAUUUCUUCUUCUAGGAAUUUCACAGGCACUGGAACUGCAGCCCCUCAUGUUUGGGCUUUUCCUCUCCAUGUACCUGGUCACUGUGUUUGGAAACCUGAUCAUUAUCCUGGCUGUCAGCUCAGACUCCCACCUCCACACACCCAUGUACUUCUUCCUCUCCAACCUGUCCUUGGUAGACAUCUGUUUCACUUCUACCACCAUCCCAAAGAUGCUGUGGAACAUCCAGACACAGAGCAAAGCCAUCACCUAUGAAGGCUGCAUCACACAAAUAUAUUUUCAUAUCCUCUUUGCACUGUUGGACAACUUAAUCCUGACCGUGAUGGCCUAUGACAGGUUUGUGGCCAUCUGCCACCCGCUGCACUACACUGUCAUCAUGCAUCUCCGGUUCUGUGGACUGCUGGUUCUGGUGUCCUGGAUCAUGAGUGUUCUGCAUUCCUUGUUAGAAAGCUUAAUGGUGUUGCAACUGUCUUUCUGCUCAGACUUGGAAAUCCCCCACUUUUUCUGUGAACUCAAUCAGGUAAUCCAACUUGCCUGCUCUGACACCUUUCUUAACAAUAUCGUGAUGUAUUUUUCAGCUGGGUUGCUAGGUGUUGGUCCCUUUGCUGGGAUCCUGUACUCUUAUUCUAAGAUACUUUCCUCCAUAUGUAGAAUCCCUUCAGCUCAGGGGAAGUAUAAAGCAUUUUCUAACUGUGCAUCUCACCUCUCAGUUGUCUCCUUAUUUUAUGGUACGAUCCUAGGAGUUUACCUCAGCUCUGCUGUUACCCAUAGCUCACACUCAAGUGCAACAGCCUCAGUGAUUUACACCGUGGUCAUACCCAUGCUGAACCCCUUCAUCUACAGUCUCAGGAACAAGGACAUAAAGAGGGCCCUGGAAAGAUUCCUUGGAAGGUAA